UUCUAAUUUAUAAUCAUUUUUGUAUGUGGCAUGGAGGGGUGAUUUGGUGAUUCGCAGAUUCGCUAUCAUUCGUGUUGCGAGAAUCGAAUUUUAGAUAAGUUGCUCUAAUCAUAUGUAGGUUUUAAUAUGAUCGUCUAUCCACUGUCCUGCUAGAUACAUAUAUAAAGGAAUUUUAAAUAAAAUGGGACCUACCGGUAUUUUUGUUUUAACAUGUUUUAUAUUGUCGUUAAAUUGCGUAUGGUCAGUUGACCGAAAUAACUUUAAAACCUGUGAUAAAAGCAGUUUUUGCAGGCGAUGCCGUAAGGUUUCUCCAAAUAAAUCACCUUAUGAGCUAGUCAUCGAUAGCUUGAAUAUAAAAGCGGAUUCUGUAGAAAGUAUAAUUCUCAACAGAGAUAAUGGAGUUCAAUUUAUUUUACAGAUAUAUGGUUUACAAGAUAAUACUUUCCGAAUUGUUAUGGAUGAGAAGUCUCCACUCAAGCCAAGAUACCGUGUGACUGAUGUUUUAAAUAACAACUUAUAUGGUCAAUCGAUUAAAGUUAUAUCUAAAACAACGGAAGCAAUUACACUCACAUCUGCCAAAAAUAAAGUAGUUCUACAUACAUAUCCUCUUAAAGUGGACUUCUAUAGUGAAGAUGAAUUAGUUGCAAGCUUUAAUGCUAAGGGACUACUUCGAUUUGAACACCUUAGAACAAAGCCUCUAAAAGACACACCAUCAGAAUCUGGAACAGACAAUGGUGAGACUACUGAAGAAGAUGCUAAUGUCCCAACAGUUGUACCAUCAAUUGAGGACGAAGAUCCUGGCAGUUGGGAAGAAAACUUUAAAGAACACCAUGAUUCCAAACCUAAUGGACCAGAGGCUGUGGCAGCAGAUUUUUCUUUUCCUGAAGCAAAUAUAUUAUUUGGUAUACCUGAGCAUGCUGACAGUUUUGCAUUAAAGCCAACAUCUAAUGGAGACCCUUAUCGAUUAUAUAACCUUGAUGUUUUUGAAUAUGAGCUUGAUAAUCCCAUGGCAUUAUAUGGCUCUAUUCCAGUUUUGUAUGGCCAUGGGCCUAAAAAGACUGUAGGUAUAUUUUGGCAAAAUGCUGCCGAAACUUGGGUUGAUAUUUAUGGACAAAAUGACCCAAAUGUUGUUUCCUCCAUUGUAAACUUUGUAUCAGGAAAUACACAGCGAAAAGAAGUAUUAGGUGCACAUUUCAUGUCUGAGAAUGGAAUAAUAGAUGUUUUUGUCAUGCUAGGACCAAAGCCACUUGAUGUGUUUAUUCAAUACUCUAAGUUGACAGGCACUGCACCAAUUCCACAGCAAUUCUCUCUGGCUUACCAUCAGUGUAGAUGGAAUUAUAAUGAUGAAGAAGAUGUAAAUUCAGUUAAUAAUAAAUUUGAUGAGCACAAUAUACCCAUGGAUACAAUGUGGUUGGAUAUUGAGUAUACAGAUAGUAAAAAAUAUUUCACAUGGGAUACAAAUCGAUUUCCUAAUGCAUUAGAAAUGAAUAAAAAUUUAACAGCUAAAGGACGGCAUUUAGUAGUGAUUGUUGAUCCUCAUAUUAAGAGAGAUGGUAAUUAUUUUUUGCAUAAUGAAUUGACAGAUCUCGGAUAUUAUGUCAAGAGAGAUGGUCGAGAUUAUGAGGGUUGGUGCUGGCCUGGUUCUUCAAGUUACCCGGAUUUGGUGAACCCAACUGUUCGGGAUUAUCUUGGAAACAAAUACAUGUUAGAGAACUUUCCUGGUACUACUUUGAGUACAUACAUUUGGAAUGAUAUGAAUGAACCUUCUGUGUUCAAUGGUCCUGAAGUCACAAUGGUGAAGGAUGCAGUCCAUCAUGGAGGCUGGGAACAUCGAACAAUACAUAAUUUGUAUGCUCUCUAUCAUGUUAUGAGUACUUAUGAAGGCCUUCUGAAGAGAUCCAAUGGUAAACUAAGACCGUUUAUUUUAACCAGGGGAGCUUUUGCUGGUUCUCAAAAAUAUGCAGCUAUUUGGACAGGUGAUAAUUUGGCUGAUUGGGGACAUUUACAAGCUUCUGUUAAAAUGUGCUUGACGAUAUCAGUUUCAGGUAUGAGUUUCUGUGGUGCUGAUGUGGGUGGCUUCUUUGGGAAUCCUGAAGCUGAAUUAUUUACACGUUGGUAUCAAGCUGGUGCCUUCCAACCCUUCUUUAGAGCACAUUCUCACAUAGAUACACGAAGAAGGGAGCCAUGGUUAUUCCCAAAUGAAACAAUAAACAGCAUCCGAAAUGCAAUUCAAAAGAGAUACACAUACUUACCUUUUUGGUAUUCAACAUUUGCUGAUCAUUUCUUUCAUGGUGCUCCAGUUAUGAGACCAAUCUUGACCUUAACUCCAGAAGAUGAAGAAUGUUACAAAAUUGAUUACGAGUACUUAUUAGGUGAUUCCCUUCUGGUGCGACCAGUUCUGGAACAGGGUGCUUCUUCUGUGCCAGUAUAUUUCCCAAAAAAUAAUAUUUGGUACGAUGUUGAUACUUACCAAGGGUAUAAAACACCUGGAAUUGUAAAAGUGCCUGUUGACAUAGAAAAAAUACCAGUCUAUCAACGUGGUGGGUCUAUUGUUCCACGUAAGAUGAGAGUAAGGCGCUCUUCAUCUCUAAUGCACAAUGAUCCUUACACAUUGGUUGUAUGUUUGAAUGAAAGUAAGGAGGCUGGGGGAAGCCUUUAUAUUGAUGAUGGAGAAACAUUUGAAUAUUUGUCAAAGAAAUUUUUAUUGAUUGAAUUCAGAUAUAGUCAAAAUAUACUUGAAUCACAUAUCGUCAACAAUCAAUAUAAAACUGGAAGUUGGCUGGAGAGAGUUAUAGUUGUUGGAGUUAAUAAAGCACCAACUAAAGCAAUUUUGACCAAUAAAAAUUUAAAGGUAGAGUUACAAACAAAAUAUGAUGACAAAAAUCAAGUGGUAACAAUACGCAAGCCUGCCAUCAAUAUGGCUGAGCAAUGGAAGAUAGAAUUAAUUUAAUUUGCAAUACUCUACUGUUUUGGGCAGAAUCAUAAAAUCUGCUUUUAUGUAUUAGUGAAAAAAAGAUACAUAUUUUUAAAACUUGCAUAUUUUACUAUCUAGUAUGUAAGUUUUAACUAAAC